AUGAUGAUCCUUCACGAGCUGGUGAGUGGCUGGAUGGAGUACCAAAAGCAGAUAGCCAAGCCGAAGAAGCAGGCGGGUCCGGUUUGGUCUUCUAGCAGCGCCACCAGACCGAACCACUCCAGCUUCUCCAGGCCACUGGUCCACUCGGUGCGCAGGGAGCGGUACCGGGACUGGAGGAAACCGGGACGGAUCAUCCGGAAGGCCACAAGCAGAGGAAGCCAAGCUGAGUGUGGCGGGGUCGGGUCCGAUUACCACGAGGUCGUGCUUGCUUGUGAAGAGCAGGACGUGGCCCCUUGCACCUGCCAGGUCUCCUCUGUGGUGCCUGUGGUCAGCAGGGAGGUGUCUGAGGAGCUGCUGGCCUUGCUCGCCUUCAUGAACACCAGCUCGGACUGCUUGCCCCAGGGGCUGCACCCUGCCAUCCCCGCCCUGGGGACCCUCCUCCUGCUGGGCUGCGUCCUGCUGAAUGGCGUGAGCUUCUGGGUCUUCUGCUUCCACAUCAAGCAGUGGGAUUCGGGCAUGAUCCUCCAGUUCAGCCUGGUCCUGGCAGACAUCGCCGUCAUCCCUGUUGCUCCACUCCGGAUUUCCUACCUCAGCCUUGGCAACCAGUGGCCAUUUGGCCAAUUUCUCUGCCAGCUCGAAGUCUUCCUGCACAGCACCCACAUGUACGGCAGCAUCUAUUUCCUGACGCUCAUCUGCAUCCACCGGUACUUUGUGGUUGUUCGGUACAAGAGCAAGUCCCUCUGGAAGAAGAGAACCUUCUUGAGAAAGCUGUGCUUGUUCGUCUGGCUCGUCCUCUUUGUCCAAGGGCUCCCUUUUUUCUUCGUCCUUAAAACUUCGGUUAUUGAUGGCUCAGAAAGAUGCCUGAAUAUUCACCAGUCGGACUUGUCCUCUGUUUACUUAGUCUACAACAUGGUUGUGGUUGUGUUCUCUUUCCUCCUGCCCUUUGCUGUUUCCUUGACCUGCGGUGCUCUGCUGGGAGCUGCCAUUGCUAAAGCAGCCAAGAGAAGCUCCAGAGGUAAGAAGAUGAAGAACAGGUCUCUGCAGAUGAUAACGGUGUCUCUAGUGAUUUUUGCCAUCUGCUUCGGUCCUCUGCACGUCUGCAGGACCAUAGGCGUCAUUGUGAAGUACUACGACAUGUCUUGCAAGCUCCUGCACCAAGUGGAAGUUGCCUACUACAUCAGCUGGGUCUUCACCAUGGCAAACACCUGCCUGGAUCCCCUGAUCUAUGUGUUUGCCAAUGACAAGUUUAAGAAGAGCUUUGCUGGCUCCUUCCGCAAACACUGGGGCACCAAGUGA